AAGAUCUUAUCAAUAACAACCCAUCACGUACUUUCAAUUCACUACUAGUCUCUAGUGAUGGUGAUGGCCAGCAUUGGCGGCCGGUCACAAAUGGGCAGCUUCGCUGUCCAAAUUCUUAAUGGCCGGUGGUUCAUGGUGUUCGCCUCGUUCCUCAUCAUGUCAGCCGCUGGUGCCACCUAUAUGUUUGGUCUGUAUUCGUCCGAGAUCAAAAAAUCUCUCGGAUACGACCAAAGCACACUAAACUUGCUAUCGUUCUUUAAAGACCUCGGUAGCAACGUUGGUGUGCUUUCGGGGCUUAUUGCUGAAGUCACUCCACCGUGGUUCGUUCUCUCUAUGGGAUCCGUACUCAACUUUUUUGGGUAUUUCAUGAUGUGGUUGGGUGUUACCAAAAGAAUUGCUAAACCAACCGUUUGGCAAAUGUGUUUGUACAUUUGUAUAGGUGCAAAUUCACAAUCGUUUGCGAACACGGGGGCAUUAGUAACAUGCGUUAAAAACUUCCCGGAAAGCCGAGGGGCAGUGCUAGGACUUCUCAAGGGAUUUGUUGGCCUAAGUGGAGCCAUCAUCACACAAAUUUACUUUGCAAUAUACGGUUCAGACGAUAAAAGUUCAAUCAUUUUGUUCAUAGGUUGGCUUCCUGCUGUUAUAUCCGUAGUGUUUGUGCGUACAAUUCGUAUCAUGAAGCUAGUUCGACAAUCAAACGAGAUCAAAGUUUUGUACGAUCUCUUAUACAUAUCUCUCGGUCUGGCUGGAUUCUUGAUGAUUAUUAUUAUAGCCGAAAAAAGUGUCAAAUUCCCUCGGCCUGAGUAUGGUGGAAGCGCGGCUGUUGUUAUUUUUCUUCUCUUUUUGCCCCUCGCGGUUGUUAUAAGAGAAGAGUACAAUAUUAGAAAAAACAAAAUUCAGUCGCUAAAUGAUCCAUCGCCUAUAAAAAUAGUCACUAAUAAUCCACCUUCGACAAAUACAAUCAUCGUGCCACCAGUGUCACCACCCAAGCAAGAAAAGCAACCGUCAUGCUUCAAAACCGCAUUCCAACCACCCGCAAGAGGCGAGGAUUAUACUAUACUCCAAGCGUUGUUUUCCAUCGAUAUGUUGAUACUAUUUUUAGCGACUAUUUGUGGCGUUGGUGGUACUUUGACUGCUAUUGACAAUUUGGGCCAAAUCGGCGAGUCUUUAGGGUAUCCGACUCGAAGUAUUAGCACAUUCGUGUCACUAGUAAGUAUAUGGAAUUAUCUCGGGCGAGUAACAGCUGGAUUCGGGUCAGAAUACCUUCUAAAGAAGUAUAAGUUCCCAAGGCCUCUUAUGCUAACCCUAAUCCUAAUUCUAUCUUGCCUUGGGCACAUUUUGAUAGCAUUUGGUGUCCCGAAUUCUCUCUAUGUCGCUUCGGUUGUCAUUGGCUUUUCUUUCGGAGCACAAUGGCCAUGUCUUUUCGCAAUCAUAUCCGAGAUUUUUGGGCUAAAGUACUACUCAACUUUGUACAACUUUGGGUCGGUGGCAAGCCCGAUUGGAUCAUAUAUUUUGAACGUUAAGGUAGCCGGAAACUUGUACGAUAGGGAAGCCGAAAGACAGAUGAAGAUUUUAGGGAUUGAAAGAAAGGCGGGUGAAGAUUUGAAGUGUAACGGAGUAGAGUGUUUUAAGGUUGCAUUUCUUAUUAUAACUUGUGUCACUGUUUUUGGUGCAUUUGUUUCGAUAAUUUUGGUGGUUAGGACUAGAAAAUUUUAUGCUGGUGACAUUUAUAAGAAGUUCCGAGAUCAAGCCGCAAGGGCGGAGAUAGAGACAGAGACCGAGAUAACGGUGGUCGAAAACGGUACUGGUGGUGGCGGCAACCACAGCGGUAGCAAGGGAACUACUUGAUUAUGUUUGUAUACAUUUGUUUUAUACAAUGUAAUGUAGGUAUAUUAGUAUACUGAACAUUUGAAGAUACGAAGUUAUAGCCAAGAAAAUGCAAUAUUUGCAACUUAGUUUUUGUUUUUACAAGUAGAAAAGGCUAUGGGUCCAUUAUGGAAUUUGUAAACUUACUAGACAAAGUAAAAGAAAAAAAAUUAACGUUUUUCUUGAA